CUAAUAAUCAAAAGCGCCUGACUAUCAGAUGCCCCUCCAGUUAAUCAUAUUAAUGGUCACACUUUUUAAUUUUAGGAUAUAAACAAUAACUCAGAGAAGCAGAACCUAGUCUCUAUGAUACUGAGUGUGUCUUUGAAUACUUUGAUAAUAAUUAUAAACAGCUAGUAAGUUAAUUAUUAAUUAAUUAAUUCUGUCACUGGCUAGAAGAACUAUAAAUGUCUGUUGACAAGUCAACACUGUUGACUGUAGAGUGUAAGAAGUGUGGUGUAGUAUUAGUAAUAGUAAGACUAGUGUAGAAUACAUUCAUUAUACGAUAUAACUUUAAAAAACAUUUUUAUCAUUACAAAAUUAUCCAAAAUUAUUUCAACUUCAUUUUCAAGUUUUUUUAACAAUUCAUUUCAUAAUUAUUAAUUCACUCCUAUCACACUAGCAUCACUAUCAGUAGCAAUAGGAUCAGUUCAGUUGGACUAGUAAUACUUAGUAAUAGUAAUAGUUGGAGGAGAAAUAUCCAGAAUUGAAUUUUGAAUUCGUAUCUGAAUCUGUGUUGCUUUUGUCUCACAAUCACAAUGCAAUACUAAUUAUAAUUACUAAUAAAUUGAUAACAGUACAUAUUCAAUUCAAUACAAAAACAUUAGUUUUAUUAUAUUUUUAUUAAUUUCAUAGACUAAUACAGCAGUAUACACUUCACUAAACAUACAAAAAAAUUUAAUUUAUGGUUUAAGUUAAAGUAAAAGAGAGAAAAAAAUAUGAGCCCCUUGGCCUUGUCUUAAAACUUAAAUAAAUACCAGCAGUUUUGCCAGAGUAGGCUGCCUAUCAUUUUUAAAUUCAAAUACCUAUAGACUAUAGUAGGGGCCUAGAGUUCCUUAUAUACCAGAAGUGAGAGGUUUAGAUUAAAAAAUGAAGAUAAAAUUUGGUAUUGAAUGACAAAUAAUUGAAUGGACUAUAUGUUUGUAAACUUAAAUCUUCAGUUUAACUAAAACUAAAAUAAACUACCACAAAUGACAUCCCAAUAGCAUUUAGUCAAAAUGGAUCCGGACACGCAUCGCCGCUAUUCGGACCUGGGUCCCUUUACACUUAAUGCUAUUUGGAUGUUAUUCACUUGUGGUAGUUUAUUUUAGUUAAACUGAAGAAUUAAGUUUAUAAACAUAUAGUCCAUUCGAUGAUCUUUCAUUUGAUACCAAAUGUUGCUGUACAAACCCUACAAUAUUAUUUUUAAUAUUUUUUAAUCAAUCCAACCUCUCACUUCUGAUACCGGGUCCGAAUAGCCGUAGCCUUUAUUUAUAUUUGAAUCAACCUACUGUAUUCACUCUGUUGUCUUCCAGUGAUGCUUGGGAUAGUAGGCAUGAGUCAUAUUUUGUGGCUUCUAGAGAUAUGCCCAUUAUUGAAUUUAACCACAACAUAGGUAUUUUUAAAUUUUCCUAAAUAUAUUGAUUCACUUUUUGCCAUGGGGACCAUCCAUAAAUGAUUCACAGUAUUUUUACACCCCCACCCCUAAAAAAAGUAAAUUAGACACCUUAUUCACACAUAAUCACAAAUUUGGGUCCCCCAGUACCUCUUAGAUCCUGAACAUUUUUUGUUGAUGGCCUCAAUGUGAAAAGAUCUGGCAUAUUUACCAAAGAACUGGAAAAGGAGUACUCUUUAAAAUUUCUUUAAAAAAGUCUGGGAGUGCAGUAAAAUAUUAUUUAUCUGAGGCAUAUGGACGCAGUUUAAAUACUAAAUGACAAUUUGCAAUCUCAAAGCACAAGACAAUAGUUAUUUUAACUGCUAGUUCAUCACAAUAACAGACUAUUUUAAAAUGUAUGAAACAAAAUUCUGUUCUCAUAGUUUCUCAUGACUUUAGUUUCAUUUAUUUGAUGCUAUUGCUAAGAAAUUUCAAAAUUCUAAAGCUAAGACCAAUGUUUUUCUUUUUAUGAAAUAUUUUUCUUUUUAUAUUUAAGGACGAUAAAAAUGGCACAGACCACUCCACCAGAACAGCCAACAUGUAGCAAAUGUAUUUUUUGUCGUAUUGCAAACAACCAAGAGCCGAAAACUGAUUUACUCUACCAACAGGACGGUAUAGUCAUCUUUAAAGACCUCCGACCCGCCUCAGAUCACCAUUAUUUAAUCAUCCCUGAGAAGCAUGUCAAGGACCCUAAACACUUGGGGAGCAAUGACGUAAAGCUGGUUGAACAACUCGUGUCUGUGGGAAAAGAUUUCUUAGCUAAACAAGGGGGAGAUGUAACUGAUGUUCGCAUGGGAUUUCACUGGCCCCCAUUCAACUCCAUAUCUCAUCUGCAUCUACACGUCAUUUCACCAACUAAACAUAUGGGAUUUAUAGCUUCUCUUAUAUUCAAAGUCAAUAGUUAUUGGUUUGUUUCAGCAGAGUGGCUUAUUGACAGGCUGAAAAAAUCAAGUUCAUCACUUUAGCUUGCUGUCACAUUUAGACUUUCUGUCAUUGGUAAUGUUUACAAUUAUUUUGAAAUUCCCUUAUUAAGCUGCUUUCAUUGUUAUAUUAGCCUAAAACUUACUAAUUAUUUAUUAUUUGUUUCAAAGAGUUUAAAAUAUAUCUAUUGACAGUAAUUAACAAGUAUUCAGUGAUAUUUGUAUGAAUUGUAUAUCUGUGUCUUCUUUUUAUUUAUGAUUAAUAUAAUACAAAAAAAGAUAAUAAUCGAUUAAUAAUAAUAAUUAAUAUCUUGCAUUCAGUGUGUGUGAAGUUGCUUUUUAAAUUUAAACUUAAAACACAACUUACAGUUACUUUUCAUAAUAGCUUUCUUUAAACAUAGAAAAAGAAAAUCUAUACUUUAUAAUGAAAAUACAUUAAGUUUCCACUUACAAUGUUUUUUCAAUAUAUUUACGUAGUCUAGGUUAGUAAAGCUGUGUUUAAAACUUUUGUUGGUGAACAUUUGUUUAAAGCAUUUGCAACUGAUAAUGUUGCUCAAAUCUGAUGCAACCUUGCCACACAGGUUAUGAGGAAUAGUGAAAAGCAAGGUGAAAAAUCUUAUCCUACAAGUUAAUGAACAUUUGAUGCUGUGAACAUUGGAUGGAUUUAACAAAUAGCUCUUAAAUUUUAAUUAACUUAGGAUUCCAUGUUCAGAUGUGAUUUACAAUACUUGCUAUGUGUGCCAUAAUUUGACCUAUUUUAUUAAUUAAUUUUUAUUUUGAAAAACUCAUUAUGUCUUGCAAUUAUGUCAUCAUUAAAUACUGUUAAAUGAGUUUUGUUUUGAAAACCAUUUGGAGCUGUUGUUUGUCAAUGGUAGCAAUGGUAGCACAUAUUUACAUACUGUAAACUUAAUUAUAUAAACACUAGCAGUCAAUUUGUGGCCCGGGAGGUAUCAAAAAACUCGUUAUUCUUAUUAUUUUCUUAAUAACUUUCCCCCGACCUAUAUUUUUUUGGCCCGCACAAGUCCUGUCCUAUUUUCUUUUGGCCAGCACAAAUUUUUCAUAAUGCAUUGCGGCCCGCCUUAAAUUUUGGGUUGUGCAGGCCUACAGUACCUCAUGUUUAUAUAAGUCAAAUCUAGGCUACCCUCCACCGCCACCCCCAGCAAAAUAAAAUAAUAGAAAUCCAUAACAAACAUGGAUUACCAAAAUUAAUUAAGAGUAAUAUUAUAGUUCAAGCAAUGUCCAUGUGUUAUCCAGUAGGAUAUUAAAAUACUUCCUUCAGCCUGUAAACCACAUUGUUUUUCUCACAUAGCAUUUUAAACAGUUUCUCUUGUUGUUUCCAAAUAUAUUGACUGACUGUUAUGCUAGAAUAAAAUUAUCAUUAUAUAUAUAUGUAUAUGUGUGUGUG